AUGGAUGUAUAUAAUAACCUAAAAGAUAUAUUACAUAAUGUUGAAUAUGUUGCAUUAGCAUGUGAUGGUUGGACUUCACGCUCAACAGAAGCCUAUUUAACAGUCACUUGCCACUAUGUAGAUAAAUCUUAUAAUCUAAACUCUGCUGUUCUUUCCACUAAACCAUGGUCUAAUGGUGUUAACCACACUUCGGAAAAUAUUACGGAGGCAUUGAAAGACAUCAUGAAAGAGUGGAAUUUAGAACAUAAAGUAUCGUGCGUAGUGACUGAUAAUGCUGCAAACAUGUUGAAAGCAUGUGAUUUAAUUCAAAAGCGCCAUCUUCCAUGUUAUGCUCAUACACUUAUUUUGGUGGUACAAGAUAAUCUUGAAUGUGUCCAAAAUGUCAUCAAAAAGUGUAAGGAUAUUGUUACCUUUUUCAAAAGCAGUACAAAUGCCACGGAAAUGUUUAAAAAGGAACAAUCAACAUCUGAGCUUCUGCAGGAAGUUCCGACACGUUGGAAUAGCACAUUCUAUAUGAUCCAGAGAAUUCUGAAAACAAAUGAUGCUAUAGGUAGGACUAUACUGAAAUUACGAAAAGCUCCCCAACCACUCAGCGUUGAUGACAUUGCUGUAUUGGCAGAUAUAGAGAGAGUUCUAAUAUGUUUUGAUACAACUAAGAAAAUUUCUGGUGCAUUAACUGAAUUAACGACUGAAAAAGGCAAAAAUUUUUUUAAUAAACUUAUAGAGUCUGUUAAGAAAAGAUUGUUUCCAUAUGAGUCUCGUACUGUAACCAGAAUAGGAACUCUACUUGAUCCAAGAUCCAAAAAGGAGGGUUUCAAAUAA